AUAAACAAGAUGUCAGAGGAAGAGGACUUUUAUCUGUUCAAGAACGCCUCCUCAGUGGGGCCGUGGGACGGGCCUCAGUACCACGUUGCUCCUGUCUGGGCCUUCCGCCUUCAGGCAGCCUUCAUGGGCAUUGUCUUCUGUAUAGGGACACCACUCAAUGGCAUAGUGUUGGUGGCCACAUUGCUGUACAAAAAGUUGCGGCAGCCACUCAACUAUAUUCUGGUCAAUGUGUCCCUGGGGGGCUUUCUCGUCUGCAUAUUCUCUGUCCUUGCUGUCUUCAUCGCCAGCUGUUAUGGAUACUUCAUCUUCGGCCGCCAUGUCUGUGCUCUGGAGGGCUUCCUGGGCUCUGUGGCAGGUAUGGUGACAGGCUGGUCACUGGCCUUCCUGGCCUUUGAGCGCUACCUUGUCAUCUGUAAGCCCUUUGGCAACUUCCGCUUCAGCUCCAAGCAUGCAUUGAUCGUUGUCCUGGCUACUUGGGUCAUUGGUAUUGGUGUCUCCAUCCCCCCCUUCUUUGGCUGGAGCCGGUACAUGCCUGAGGGCCUGCAGUGCUCCUGUGGCCCUGACUGGUAUACCGUGGGCACCAAAUAUCGCAGCGAGUAUUUCGCCUGGUUCCUUUUCAUCUUUUGCUUCAUCGUGCCUCUCUCCCUCAUCUGCUUUUCCUACUGUCAGCUGCUGAGGACGCUCAGAACUGUGGCAGCUCAGCAGCAGGAAUCAGCUACAACCCAGAAGGCUGAGCGGGAGGUGAGCCGCAUGGUGGUGGUGAUGGUGGGAUCCUUCUGUGUCUGCUAUGUGCCCUAUGCUGCCCUGGCCAUGUACAUAGUCAAUAAUCGUAACCAUGGGCUGGACUUACGGCUUGUCACCAUUCCUGCUUUCUUCUCCAAGAGCUCCUGUAUUUAUAAUCCUAUCAUCUACUGCUUCAUGAACAAGCAGUUCCGAGCUUGUAUCAUGGAAUUGGUGUGUAGGAAGCCCAUGGCAGAUGAAUCCGAUAUGUCCACCUCCCAGAAAACCGAAGUUUCUGCUGUCUCUUCUAGCAAAGUUGGCCCCAACU